AUGAAGCCCGAAGCACUUGACGCUUUCGCGACGCAGAGCAUACGCCCCGGAACGCUAGAAGCUGCCGCGGCUAGUCCAGGAGAGACGGGUCGAAGCAUGACUGAAGCAAGCGUGACACAGCAGGAAAAGGUUCAUCUCCCCGAACAACGUCGACCGCCCCUCAACCGCCUAAACACUCCACUCGGCCAACGCAUAGACGGCACUGAGGCUGCAGCGAAGGUAGUGGAAGAAGCUGCGCAAGUUGUCGAAGGUGUCGUGCAAGGUGUCAAGGCAGCCAUACACGAAGCAGUACUAUGGGCAGAGAAAAAGGCAGAGGUGCUGGCACACAGUGAAGAUCAUGCUGGACCGUAUGACUCUCCGGCGACAUGCGCAGGUGGCGUCUCAGAUCUCGAUGUCAUGGCGACGGGAGUGUUGCCGGCCACGAUUCCUGUCCAGGAAGACGGGAAAGAUCGGGAGUUGGAUGGCGGCCACAAGUCGGGCGGGAGGGACUCCAGGUUGUAG